GUGGCACGUUUUGGUCACCUGACCACGGUGGACAGUGACGUGUGUUCCAACUGAGCAUGUAACCAGGAAGAGCCUGCUCAGAUUUCAACAUGUUAGCAGAAGAUACCAAUGAUGAAGACGUGUCUCUGUUUGAUGCGGAGGAGGAUGCUGGGAAGAGGUCAAAGAAGACGAAUAUUAAGCAUCCAGUGGCCUCCUUCUUCCACCUCUUCUUCAGAGUGACUGCCAUCAUCGUGUACCUGUUAUGUGAGAUUUUGAGUACAAGUUUCAUCGCCUGCAUGGUUACAAUAAUCCUUCUACUCUCAUGUGACUUCUGGGCAGUAAAGAACAUCACUGGGAGAUUGAUGGUUGGUCUAAGGUGGUGGAACCAGGUGGAUGAUGAUGGACGCAGCCACUGGGUGUUUGAGUCUAGGAAGGAUACUGGGAAGCAACAAGUGUCAAAUUCUGAGUCCCGAAUCUUCUGGCUCGGACUGAUCAUUUGUCCGGUCCUCUGGGUCAUCUUUGCUUUCAGCACCCUCUUUUCCUUCAAGAUUAAAUGGGUGCCUGUAGUGAUCAUGGGUGUUGUGUUGCAAGGGGCCAACCUCUACGGUUACGUGCGGUGUAAAGUGGGAGGCAAGACCAGCCUAAAAAAUAUGGCUACGAAUUAUUUUGGACGACAGUUCCUCAAACAGGCGCUGUCUAAAGAAGAGGAAUCGUAGUGUCCACUCUGCGAUUUAACCGCGUUUGCAUUAUUCUUAAUGCUAUAAUAUAUAUAUAUAUUCUUUUAGCAAGUGGAUACGUAGAAAUCUUUUUGCAACUGAAAAUAACAUUUUUGGGGAUUUUCUUUUUAAUGUAAUGUGACUCAGUCAACAGAGAGAGUUCACUUUGUUUUCCUCUGAGGUCUGGUAGCUGUUUUCAGUAACUGAAGCUCAGCAAUAAACCCUCACAGACAUGAACUAAUACUUCAGCGUAAAUGCAUGAGUGGAUAAAGGGUGCAAGGGCUUGACACGUAAAACCGACUAAAAAAUUGUAGUUUCAUGUGUUUGUAGUCUCACAGCUCCCUGACGUGUAUUAUUUAGUUUAUCUUUCUUAGUUUUCAUUGCCUCCUAACUUUAAUCUUUAUAAAACAAAAUAUAAAAAGUAGUUUGUGAGAGGAAUAGUACAAACAUUUGUUUGUAUAAUAGACAAGGUUGUAAAGUAAGAGUGUAAAGUAUUCCAGGAGAUUUGUAAAUAUGUAUGUAAAGAAACUAUGUGGAACAUCUUCUUUUGUGCUAAUACAUUUGUACAUUUUUCCGAAA